AUGGGAGUUGGUUGGGCUGGCAAACGGCGCGUGCUCGUUUCGUUUGUGUUGUUGUGACGUAAUUUGGCAGAUGAGACGGAUUGAAUAAUAUGGCAUCUGUGCAACGCACUUUAUGCGAACUUGUGUUUGUUCAAACUGCGUAAUACGUUUAUCUAAAAACUAUGGCGGACGUAUUUAUGUUUUCCACAGGCUGACAUGUAAGAGACAUGCGUUCGAACUUGCGGCUCAGAGGCUGGAGGUGCUCUUAUCAGUCGACACCCAACAUUCAUGAGGCAGUAGAUAACGAGUAUUCCUGGCACCUUCACCAAAAUGCCAUGACACCAUGCAGAAGUCUGAGGAGUAGAUGGGAGGACCCGGUGAGAGGAAGACGAACACCCCCGUUUUUAUCUGGCUUCACAUCAUUUGAUGAAUCAUGGAGAUCAGAACACGCACCUAGUCCUUUUUUAUUCCUGGGCCGGACACGCAGUGUCCCUGAAGCUCUCCAUUGCUUCAGUAGACCCACUUUACGUUCAAGCUUCUCCUCGAUCAACAUCACCGCCCGGAGUUUGUCUCCAAAAAGGGAUUGUACGCCUUAUUCAAGCUCAGCAUUUAGCCCUCUAAACAUGCCUGACAGAGUGCCCUCUUUCAUGGCCCGCAGUGAAAAUAAAAUUACUGGCACUCCAAUGCUUUCUAGACACAAAGCAGUUGUGGUGACGGUGGAUGAGAGCAGAGAACAUCAUUGUGCUAACGAGACCCCUAGCAGCCCCCAAGCUCCGCCUGCCCACAGGCACAGCUACACAAUGGAAGAUGAGCAAACGGACUCUUCACCCCCUUUAAAACGUCAUACCUUCCGCUCCUGUGUCCAUCUGGAGCUCCUACCAUCCAGUCUGUCCAGAUCUACUCUGUACUUGGACAAAUCCCUCUCAAUCCCUCUAAGACAGACAUUGUAUAGAUCCACUCUGUCCUUUUCCCUUGGAAAACCAUCUUUUACUCAGACCCCUGAGAAACCCAGGACGAUGAUUCAACCUAAAAUGUCCUACAGUGACUGGGACAUGGCUAACAUUGGCGUUGAUGGAACAGAAAGGCCUACCCGGCACCUGAAGGAUAGUUCAACCAUCAAUGGCAGCGCCUUUAAGAAUAAUGCUGGCUCCGGCUCUGACACACGGAGUUCCACUUUAACAUCAUUGGAAUUCAGAACAAGGUGCCACUCAUCUUCUGCCGCCUUCAGACUGAAUGGAAAGGCUAAUGAUGUCUUAGGGCCUCCGCAGAGCAAUCUAAGAGCCAGACAGGCAUUCAGCAAGCCAUCAGGAGUCCCUCAGGUGUGUGAAAGGGCCCCUUGUGAGGUCAGAACAGUUUUCCACACUGCUGAGAAAGUCAGGAGACUUAUUGAGUGCCCGGUCUCUCCUCAUCUGACUAAUUGCACCUGUGGGUCCAGGACUGACCAGCAGGCCACUAAACCCCAGUCACUUAGCUUGAGGGAGGCUCUUGAGCUGUUUCGGCCAGAUUUCAUCUCUCGCUCUCAGAAACGGCUUCGGCGAUUAGAACUGAGGGCCAGGGAGAGGCGGAGCUUACAAACAGCAGAAUUUAUCAUGGGCGUGGAGACGGCUAACCGUAGGCGGAACUGCACCAAGCCACACCCACUUAGUGAUAACCUUUUCAAACCCAGGGACAGAGCCAUCUCAGGCAAGGAGAUGCAAUGGAGAUCCAGACGGAUUUACAACAAACUCCCCGAGGUGGCCAGAAAGAAGGAGGAGGAGAGGAAGAGACUGGUGUCCGAAACCAACAGGCUGAGAGCAGAGGUCUUCAAAAAGAAACUUUUGGAUCAGAUUCUUCAAAGACACAGUGACUGAGGGAAGUGCCUGUUCACAAGAUUCAUAUCCCCCGCGCUCUCCUUGCCCGAGGCAAAGAACUGAAGACGAGCAAGACCUUUGCAGCUCCCUCCUGAGAGCAGAGAGCAGAGCCUGGCUUUCUGAUGCAUUGUUCCAAAUAUAAAACACCUUUUACCAGACCUGGGGUGAAUCCACAUGAUAUAUUGACACACUUCCAUGCACUGCUGUGUCCUUGCUGGGUGAUAAGUAUUUUUAAAGAGAGCAUGUUUGAUAAUACAGUAUAAGAUUGCUUAUAAGACUCUAGACCUGAUUGGAGGCACAUCCUGAUUUUGCUGAGUUAGAUGUGUUCCUUGGUCAACAUAUUUUGUUGAUCCUGGAACAACAUUCCUGUCUGAAAAUUUAGUCCUAACCCUACCCAUAACUUAUCCCUAAAAUCAUAGGGAAAUGUUAGGUGAAUAACACUUAUGUAAAAGCACCUAACCCUGAUUGUAAGCCUAAACUUGACAUAAACUGUAAAUGUGUCCCUCAAAUCCAGUUGGUUGAAUGGAAUGUUGUUCCAGGAUCAACAAAGAUGUUGAUCCAGGAACAUGUUGUGCUUGGCGAAAUCGAGUUCUGCUAAUUGCACUCUGUUUUCUUUUGAAAAUGUACUCUGUCAGACUUCUGAAUUGAAUGUGUUGCACUAAUUAAAAUGUAGUUUUAAAUUA